GCACUGGCCCACGUGCUGCGCGAGCGAGGGAGAGCCACAGUCUGAGCAAACGCCCGCGCUGGGAGCCAGGGGCGCCCGACACCCCCCCGCCCCGCGCCUUCGCCGCCGCCGCCGCGCAUAGCCCCCGGAGAGCCCUGUGGGGACCCUGACCAGAAGGGACCUUGCCCUGGGAGAAGGCUGUGGAGACCUGAGCCUUCUGCCAUCACCCUAGGAAUUGAUCCAGAUAUGUGCCUCCCGCCCUGAUCACUCCCCCCAAAUUAGUAUCCGCAGAGAUUCGAGGACAUGCCAUUGACCCUGUUACAGGAUUGGUGUCGGGGGGAGCACCUGAACACCCAGAGGUGCAUGCUCAUCCUGGGGAUCCCCGAGGACUGUGGAGAGGAUGAGUUUGAGGAGACACUGCAGGAGGCUUGCAGGCACCUGGGCAGAUACAGGGUGAUUGGCAGGAUGUUUAGGAGGGAGGAGAACGCCCAGGCGAUUCUACUGGAGCUGGCACAAGAUAUCGACUAUGCUUUGCUCCCAAGGGAAAUACCAGGAAAGGGGGGCCCCUGGGAAGUGAUUGUAAAACCCCGUAACUCAGAUGGGGAGUUUCUCGACAGAUUGAACCGCUUCUUAGAGGAGGAGAGGCGGACCGUGGCAGAUAUGAACCGAGUCCUCGGGUCGGACACCAAUUGUUCGGCUCCAAGAGUGACUAUAUCACCAGAGUUCUGGACCUGGGCCCAGACUCUGGGGGCAGCAGUGCAGCCUCUGCUAGAACAAAUGUUGUACCGAGAACUAAGAGUGUUUUCUGGGAACACCAUAUCCAUCCCAGGUGCACUGGCCUUUGAUGCCUGGCUUGAGCACACCACUGAGAUGCUACAGAUGUGGCAGGUGCCCGAGGGGGAAAAGAGGCGGAGGCUGAUGGAAUGCUUACGCGGCCCUGCUCUCCAGGUGGUCAGUGGGCUCCGGGCCAGCAAUGCUUCCAUAACUGUGGAGGAGUGCCUGGCUGCCUUGCAGCAGGUGUUCGGACCUGUGGAGAGCCAUAAAAUUGCCCAGGUGAAGUUGUGUAAGGCCUAUCAGGAGGCAGGAGAGAAAGUAUCUAGCUUUGUGUUACGUUUGGAACCCCUGCUCCAAAGAGCUGUAGAAAACAAUGUGGUAUCACGUAGAAACGUGAAUCAGACUCGCCUGAAACGAGUCUUAAGUGGGGCCAUCCUUCCUGACAAACUCCGAGACAAGCUUAAGUUGAUGAAACAGCGAAGGAAGCCUCCUGGUUUCCUGGCCCUGGUGAAGCUCCUGCGUGAGGAGGAGGAAUGGGAGGCCACUUUAGGUCCAGAUAGGGAGAGCCUGGAGGGGCUGGAAGUAGCCCCAAGGCCACCUGCCAGGAUCACUGGGGUUGGGGCAGUACCUCUCCCUGCCUCUGGCAACAGUUUUGAUGCGAGGCCUUCCCAGGGCUACCGGCGCCGGAGGGGCAGAGGCCAACACCGAAGGGGUGGUGUGGCAAGGGCUGGCUCUCGAGGUUCAAGAAAACGGAAACGCCACACAUUCUGCUAUAGCUGUGGGGAAGACGGCCACAUCAGGGUACAGUGCAUCAACCCUUCCAACCUGCUCUUGGCCAAGGAGACAAAAGAGAUAUUGGAAGGAGGGGAAAGAGAAGCCCAGACAAAUAGCAGAUGAGUUGAGUGGGGCAGAGGGACAGGGCAGCCAGACCAAGGCCAAGCCUUCUCACUCUCUGCCAGCUGGAAGGGUCUUCAACAACCAAGACCAACUGGCAACAGGCUCAGUGGGGGUGAGGUCUGGGUCCCGGAAGAGAUGCUGGAGAGGAAAGCAGGGAGCCACUGCAUCCAGCACAUGGGAUGCUUGGGCCUCAGAUGGGAGCCCCAACGAAGCAGAAGCUGAAGAAGGUAUGGCUGGGGGUUCUGUCCUGCUCAUCCGGCCACCCCUAAAUACCCACCCUGUGGACUUUGAGCUGAACAUGCCCACUGGCCCCCAGGCCACGUGGGACCUGGAGGACCCUACUUGGGGCCUGCCCCUGCCAGAAGGUGCCAGGGCUGGAGAGGAAGAGCUGGGGGGGGGGAGCAGAAGUAAAGCCCUGCAGGGGAGGCCACAGGGUCCAUCCUGUCUUCAGGAUCAUCUACACUGCACUAGGGGAGCCCCAGGAAGGCAGCACACUGGAGGCCCUGUGCCAGUGAGGACAGGAGAUCCUAAGGCCCUGGGAGCCCAGUGCCAGCCAGAGAUUGUACAGGCGAGGAGACCAAAGAUUGAUGAGAAGACCCCCAACAGGGGUACUGGGUACCCAGCAGGCCAUUGCCCUAACAGCUGGCUUGGACCAGGGUGGCUGUGAAGGGAAGUCUUUGUUGCAAAGGAGGAGGAGGAAAAGGGAGGACUUGGUGGGGUUUUGUUUCUUCUGCUUGUUUCUGUACAGGGCCACCAGACUCCUGGAGAGAUCAGGCAAGGAGAACCUGUGGCUGCCAUGGCCAAAGCAACUCAACAGAUGCCGAUGCCAAGGCCAGCGCCAACCCUGCCACCUCGGGGAAUCCAGCCUGGAGGCAGCCCCUAAGCAGCCAGCUGUGGCCUGGGUGGAGGCACCUCAAGACAUCUAUCCCAAACUCCUCUGGCCCUGAGCUGGGAGAUGACGGGGGAAAGAAGCCCUCUCAAGGGUGCCAGCUGCCUGGGUCUCCCAAGAGGGGUCCUCCAACUUGCUGUUCCCGGGACAGGCUGCCCCCAUUCCAGGAAGUUCACCUUCACCUGUGUAGGCCUCGUAGUGACCCACACAUCCAGCAGACGCCCACCCACCGCUAGCCGUUGUUCCUGCACAAAGUAGUGUGCUGUGCGCCCACCCAGGCGGCCGCCUCUGGGCCCAGGGCACAUGCUGUGAGCUUCCUGUGAGCCCAGGCUCUGCUCGCUGCUGUCCCGCGUCAUGAGCACCACCUCUGCUUUCCCUGUGUAGAUCUAGGCUAGUGACUGCUUGUUCUCGUGGAGCUGUGUGUGUGCUUCUCUGAACAGCUCCUCCCCGGAGGCCCCCAGCACAGUCCCAGGAGAUGGUGGGAAGGAGGCGCCAGGGUACGGCGGACACUCACCCUGUGAGCACGAUGGUGACUGUGACUGUGGGAGGAAGAACUGGACCCAGGAUGGAGCAGGGAUGCCCUGCCUGAGGCUCCUGAGGAGCUUUGUGCUUUGGUGUUCCACCCCUGUUGUUACUCGUGACUUAGUUUCCUCGACCUGCUGGGGUGUUCCCUGCUGUGUUUUCCAGUGUCCUGUGACUGUCUUGUGAGGGCCACAGGGCAGGGCCCUGCCCCAGCAGAUGGGCUUGGGAGGGGGCUUCCUAAAGCCAGUGGACACUGUCAGAGUCCACCGUCCAGGCAAGAGGCAGACCCCGGGGCCCUCAGGAAGGAGGGAGCUGGCAGCGGGGGCUGCAGCGGGAGUAGGGGCAGAUGAGGCAUCUUGCCAGGAACCCCAGGAGGAGGGGGCCCGGGACCUGUUUGGGACCUGUGUCCUAUGGUGACCGUUUGCAGUUUUUCUCUGUGUUGUGAUUCCCUUCUCUUCAAUGUUUCAGUACAUGUUUCUCUUCAAUAAAUUUCAUUCAGUGUU